GGGGGAAAGUUCAGAGGUUAUAAUUUUGUUGUCUUUGUGUAAAGGAGUGGAGCUCGAUCUCACAUCACUCUUCCCUCUUCCCCGAGUCCUUUCUAAACUCUCCCCCGGGUUUCUACCCUCCCGAACCUCUCCCCUUCUACCCUUACAACCCCAACCCUCCCCCCGAUCACUUACAGACGCACGACUUAGAUCCAUCUCUGUGACCAAAGACUCCAGUUCUCUACUGACGGUUGACUUGCAAUUGCAGUUAUGGACUCCGGUGUGAUUGAAGGCGGGCUCAAUGUCACCCUUACUAUUAGGCUGCUCAUGCACGGCAAGGAAGUUGGAAGCAUUAUUGGAAAGAAAGGCGAAUCUGUGAAGAAGAUGAGAGAAGAGAGCGGAGCUCGCAUCAACAUCUCCGAGGGCAAUUGUCCCGAGAGGAUCAUUACUUUGGCAGGUCCAACCACUGCCAUCUUCAAGGCAUUCUCCAUGAUCAUUGAAAAGUUGGAAGAGGAUAUAAGCAGCUCAAUGACAAACAGCACAGCUACCAGCAAGCCCCCAGUGACCCUCCGCAUUGUGGUGCCUGCCAGCCAGUGCGGCUCCCUCAUUGGGAAAGGUGGCUGCAAGAUCAAGGAAAUUCGAGAGUCAACCGGUGCUCAGGUACAAGUGGCAGGAGACAUGCUGCCCAACUCCACGGAGCGCGCCAUCACCAUCGCAGGCACGCCUCAGUCAAUUAUUGAGUGUGUAAAGCAGAUCUGUGUGGUCAUGCUUGAGUCUCCCCCUAAGGGGGUCACUAUCCCCUACCGACCCAAGCCUUCAGGAUCACCCGUCAUCUUUGCUGGUGGACAGGCGUAUGCCGUACAAGGACAGCACGCGAUUCCACAGCCAGAUUCUUCCUCUGCUGCUAUCUCUCCACAGCUCACCAAGCUUCACCAGCUGGCUAUGCAGCAGACCCCCUUCCCCAUCGCACCAAGCAACCAGGGAUUCACUGGAAUAGAUGCUUCAGCUCAGCCCAGUUCCCAUGAGAUGACCAUUCCAAAUGAUCUUAUUGGGUGCAUCAUCGGCCGCCAGGGAGCCAAGAUCAAUGAGAUCAGGCAAAUGUCGGGUGCCCAGAUCAAGAUUGCGAAUCCAGUGGAUGGAUCGACUGACCGCCAGGUCACCAUCACAGGCUCGCCUGCCAGCAUCAGUCUGGCGGAGUACCUCAUCAAUGCCAGGCUUUCGUCUGAGGCCACAGGACUGGCAGCCAACUGAUAGGACACUGCGUCUGCACUAAAUCUCACUUUUUGUAUCAUCGGCUACCAUAAAGUCAAUGCAACUAUCCAAUUUAAGAGUUUAUAUAUAUUAUACCGCCUCUUCCUCAUUUUGGAAACAUGUCAACUGCCACUGAUUUGACCCGCUGAGUUUAUUUAUUUUCUUUGUUUUUCGGUUUUAGUCGGAAGAAGCAGACGUUAGGUUUUUAAUUCCCCCCCUUUUGAGUACAGUUGGAGGUUUUAAUGAUUUGUUAUUAGAAAUUAUCUGUUUGUUUUUUUUUCUCUCUCUCUCUCUCACUCUUUCUUCACUUUCCUUUUUGGCCACCACAAAGAAGUAGAGUUGGAAAACUCUAAAUAGGCAUAUAGAUUUAGUUCUGUACAGUCAGUUUUUUUUUCCUUUAAAAAGAAAAAGACAAAUAAGGAGAAAUAAAAAAAAAAAAAGUAUCAAAAUAAGAAUAGAGUGACUGUUUUAUUCCGUGUUUAUGUCCGACCCACGUCUCUUUAUUUUCAUUUUGGUUUUCCCUUUCUCAGCUCGGCCCUGUCCAGUUCAUGUCCAUACUUAACCUGCUUUGAGUAGCCACAGCAUCUCCCCCCCCCCGCCCUCCUUUGUCACCUUUUUUUAAUUGAAGUGCUUGUAACCUGGAUUACACUUGUGACACUGAUGAGAAUACGUAGCUGUACAUGCACUGUCACCGAUUCUAUUUGGUUAUGACGACAGAUGUUGUAACACCCACUCAGAUGAGUUUAUUCAGAUAAUUUAGAAAAAAGGAAAUCAUGUAUUACGACGCAUGUCACUUUCCUCCCCGCCCCCCCACCCUCCCCUCUCUACAUGUCAUUCCUGUUCGCCCGCCCUCUCCUGGUCCUCAGAUCAUGUGUUGAUAUUUUGCUGGGAUGGGAGGUAUUCGGGGCUCGGGCUCGGCUCAAGGGAUCGGAAGCAGAGGGGUUGUCCUCGCUUUUUUUGUAAAGACUGAUAUAUUACUAAAAAAAAAAAGAAGAAAAAAAGUUGGAAUAUUUGUUUUAAAUGGAGGAAAUAUUUUUUUUUAAACUACCAAAGGGGGGAAUAACUCCUGGACACUGAUCUAUUAAAUGUGAUGAGGCUGAGAACUGAAAUCAUUGAUGCUCUGGGACUAGACACAGAAAGGGGUGAGAGUUAACACUAGUUUCCUGCUCUUUGCUUCGCUCAAGUCAGAAUUUAUUUUAUUUUUUAUUUGCAGGAAAUACAAUACAAAAAACUUUUGUGCACGUUUUUUGAGACUGUAGAUCUGGGUGCCACAACAUUGUUUAAAAAAUACCGAAAUAAAGAUGUGAAAUGCUCAAACCA